AGAACACGUCACAUUGAAGAAAAGAGGGGAUCUCUGGACUUUCAUGAGAGCACACGAUUUUUAUGGAAAGUAUUUGAGGAUUGAGGGGAACUUGUAGGAAGAAACGAUGGAGAAGCUAAAGUCACUCGACUCCCUCUUCCUGGGUUGGAAGGGUGGCAGACAGAGAAUGGAGAAAGCCAACAAACCAGCAGAAGAGUGAAAUCAUGGUACAUACAUCAAGAUAUGGUACAAUCCUCAAAAACAGGAGAAAAGAGACAGAGUUUCACUCUCAUCGCCCAGGCUGAAGUACAGUGGCACAAUCUUGGCUCACUGCAAGCUCCGUCUCCUGGGCUCAAGUGAUUCUCCUGCCUCAGCCUCCCAAGUAGCUGGGACUACAGUUGCCAUGAACCCCCACAUUGAGGAUCAUGUAACCUGAAUGUGCCCAGAUGAACCAAGCAUGCAACUUGAGAGAAAGCUAACUGAGGAGCAGGGACUGAAUUAAGAAGCAGACACCACGUGUCAAGAUUCAGGAUCCAAUCAGAUUGAACCCUGCCAUCACCCUAUGGCAAGAUCCAAUCAGAUCAUGCCUCAUGGCAUCACUUCAUUGCAAGGUCCAAUUAGAUCUUGUCUAAUUACCUUGUGCUUAUAAAACCUGACCCAAAGCCCAGCUCACAGAGACAGAUUUGAGCAUUACCUCCUGUCUCUUUGCCAGCUGACUCACAAUAAAGCUUUUCUUUUGUCAAAAGCCAGUGUCAUGAUAUUAGUCUCUAUGUGCAUUGAGCAGUGAGCUCAUUGAUUGUUUGGUCAUCUAUAGCUCUAUCUAUAGCUAUAGAUACUCAUCUACAGAAACAUCAGGCCUGUGUAAUGAUAGUAAUGAUGCCAAACAUGUGCUGUAAGACCAUACGGUCUUUACGGGUUCUCUGAUCACCAUAAUCCAAUAUAAAACGUUCUUUUUUGAAGUUGAGCAGAAAGAGAGAUGAGGAGAAAUCACUUACUGGGUUGAGGAGAGUAAUGCAAAAGAUAUUUGGAGAGUAGGAGGAGGAAGUGGGCUGGAUAAACACAGUAGGGACUGCAUGUUGGCCACUUCCAUAGAGACUGUUUCUGAGGCGAAUGUACUCAUGCCAGGAAACAAAAAUAAAGAGAUAUUUUAGUUUAUGAGUGUAUCUACUUUCCUAAUGUGCAGCUGUUUAUUAACAUUAAUGGAUGUCUGGAUUUUUUUUUCACUCCAUCCAAAUUUAAAGCUUCAUAGAAUCCUAAACUUCAGUGUUGGAAGCAGCCCUAAACCCAAUCACCCCACUUCUUUCAAGCAGAGUUCUUAUCCAGGAUUAGAAAUCAAAAUCCCAGGGAGAACAUUAUCAAAGGUCAUGCACCCUAUUCUUUUUCAGCAGGUCUGGGAGAGGGGAGAAAAUCUUAACUACCUAGUAAAAAAAAUUCCCAGAUGGAUCUUCCUGAUGUGUACCCUUAAAGAGUCACCAUUAUAGGGAAAAAGAGUACCUUAAAAAUAGUUGCAUUUUCCACUUGAUCAUGCCCAACAAUUAUGUGAAUGAGAAAAUGACAUAUUUUGCAACUAACCAGCCAAGCUGAAAAGAUUUUUUCCUUCUGUACGUUCAUUAGCAAAUUGGGACAAUUUAACUCGCAUCCUAGCCAAUUUCUGCAGAAGCCGGGGCUGCGUGUCUUUAGCUGGUUUGCAAUGAUACAAGCAGCUGUAUCUCCACUGGAUGGAAUGCACUGUCUAACACAUGGCAUGCAAAACAGGAUAUGAGAGCAUUUUGGCAAGCAAAGGGACUCAGUUUCAAGGAGCUCUGGGGCCUCUCAGCAUCCACGCUGCCCCCACUACCUGCUGACAACUCACAUCAAUGCCUGGAUGUAUGGAUCUUGCUGAAAAAUCAAAACGUAACUGAGAAAUAGAAAUGCAGAGAUUGAAUAUUGUGCAAGGUAGGACGAAGGCAGGAAGGAGACUUGCCAAUAAGAUAAAUGUUGAAUGAAUACCUGUAGAUAAUCUGCCUAUGGUUGGGCUGAUAGUAGAAAGUACGAAGGAAGUUUGCUUAGACUGAUUCCUCAACCUGACAUUGAAGCAAACACAUGGUGGGGAGAUGCUGGCAUUCAUGGGCGGAAUGGUGUUGAAAACAAGUCAAACACAGAGCAAACUUGUCCUGUCUCUACUUGGGUUCAUAUCCUUUCCCUUUGCAAACUGAGCUGUGGUUCAGAGGCAGUGGAAGCCAUCACCUGGGGCUUCAAUUCUUUCCAGACUUACCCUUCUGUGGAACAAAGUUUUGUGUCUAAUCCAUUAUGGGGAGAUUGACUUUAACAUGUUUAUCUUUCUCCCUUUUUCCUUACUUUUUCUCCUCUUCUUCCUUCUCUUUCCUCCUCUUCCUUCAUCUCCUGCUUUUUCUCUUUUCCUUCUCCCUUUUCUCCUCCUCCUUAUUCUUCAGGGCUUACCCUUUAUGUUAAUGCCCAAACAAUAUGAUUUGAGUCUAACUUAGACACUGGGGAAAAGUUUAUUCCUUGUGGGUGCCUUCACUAGUACUUAUGAUAUCAGUACACAGCAUCCAAAAUAUGACAUAAGCCUCUACCUUAAUUCUCCAAAUGCAGUUAAAUCUAGGUGGUGACAUAUACCGCAAUCUUAAUGUGUUGGCUAAUGACAGGCAGAACAAGCCAAAAAGAAAAGAAAAGAAAAGGAGAGAACCUUAAUUUGGAAACUGCCAAUGAUAACUUUUACGGUCCAUUGCCAUAAUCCCCGCUGGUAGGUUCUUGAAGGCACUCUUGAUAUGAUACAAUGAAUGUCGCAUUUUACUUCCGUGGUUUUCCUCACCAAAACCUGUAAGCCCAGUCUGAUCUUGAAAAAAAAAAAACAAAACUGACAGAUCCUAAUUGAGGGAUAUCCUAGAAAAUACUUGCCAAGUGUCUUCAAUACUGUCAAGGUCAUCAAAAACAAGGAAUGUUUAAGAAAGUGUCUCAUCCAAGAGGAGCAUAAAGAGAUGUCAUAACUAAAUGUAAUGUAAGAUCUUGGAAGAUGCUGGAACAGAAAGAGGAUAUUGGGGAAAACCAAGGAGAUCUAAAUAAAGUAGAAAAUUUAGAUGAUGAUGAUGGUGAUGAUCAUGAUGGUGAUGGUGAUGGUGGUGAUGGUGAUGACGGUGUUGGUGAUGAUAGUCAUGAUGAUGGUGAUGGUGAUGGUGGUGAUGGUGAUGAUGGUGUUGGUGAUGAUAGUCAUGAUGAUGGUGAUGAUCAUGGUGGUGGUGGUGAUGGUGAUGACGGUGUUGGUAAUGAUAGUCAUGAUGAUGGUGAUGAUCAUGGUGGUGGUGGUGAUGGUGAUGACGGUGUUGGUGAUGAUAGUCAUGAUGAUGGUGAUGAUCAUGGUGGUGGUGGUGAUGGUGAUGACGGUGUUGGUGAUGAUAGUCAUGAUGAUGGUGAUGAUUAUGAUGGUGAUGAUGAUGGUGAUGACGGUGUUGGUGAUGAUAGUCAUGAUGAUGGUGAUGAUCAUGGUGGUGGUGGUGAUGGUGAUGACGGUGUUGGUGAUGAUAGUCAUGAUGAUGGUGAUGAUCAUGGUGGUGAUGAUGAUGGUGAUGACGGUGUUGGUGAUGAUAGUCAUGAUGAUGGUGAUGAUCAUGGUGGUGGUGGUGAUGGUGAUGACGGUGUUGGUGAUGAUAGUCAUGAUGAUGGUGAUGAUCAUGGUGGUGGUGGUGAUGGUGAUGACGGUGUUGGUGAUGAUAGUCAUGAUGAUGGUGAUGAUCAUGGUGGUGGUGGUGAUGGUGAUGACGGUGUUGGUGAUGAUAGUCAUGAUGAUGGUGAUGAUCAUGGUGGUGGUGGUGAUGGUGAUGACGGUGUUGGUGAUGAUAGUCAUGAUGAUGGUGAUGAUCAUGGUGGUGGUGGUGAUGGUGAUGACGGUGUUGGUGAUGAUAGUCAUGAUGAUGGUGAUGAUCAUGGUGGUGGUGGUGAUGGUGAUGACGGUGUUGGUGAUGAUAGUCAUGAUGAUGGUGAUGAUCAUGGUGGUGGUGGUGAUGGUGAUGACGGUGUUGGUGAUGAUAGUCAUGAUGAUGGUGAUGAUUAUGAUGGUGAUGAUGAUGGUGAAGGUGAUGAUGAUGAUGGUGAUAUAAGCUUCCAAUGAGAGAUAAAGUUGUUUCUAAGUAUAGGUCCGACGUGGCUUAGUAGGUACACAGGAAAGUCUUUUCAGGGAACCUAGCUCUCAUUGCUGUCUUUGCUAUAACAAAGAGUGUUAUACAUGCUCAGCAAACAAUAUCUACAGGAAAUAGCCCUCAGGAAAGUAAAAAAAAAAAAAAAAAAAAAAAAAAACGCAGCAGAGGGC